UUCUGAAGGAUCAGCCACCCAGAUUCUCACCAUGCUUUGGAUCUGCCUCCUUGUCCUCUUCGCUUACUGCUCAGGUACCUUGGGUCAAUAUGUGGUCUCUCAGCCACCAUCCAUAUCUGUCUCUUUGGGGCAAAAUGCCCAAAUCACUUGCUCAGCAGAUGACAUCGGUAAGAAGUAUGUGCACUGGUACCAACAGAAACCUGGCAAGGCCCCUGUCCUCAUAAUAUAUGAAGAUAGCAAGCGGCCCUCGGAGACCCCGCACCGUUUCUCUGGCACCAACUCUGGCAACACGGCCACUUUAAGCAUCACCCAAGCCCAAGCAGAAGAUGAGGCAGAUUAUUACUGCCAGGUAUGGGACAGCGACGCAGCUCACGGGUGGGUGUUCGGAGGAGGAACCCACAUGACCGUCACCGGUCAGCCAGCUGCCCCUCCUUCGGUGUCUCUCUUCCCUCCAUCCCAGGAAGAACUCAAGAGCAAGAACAAGGCCACCUUGGCCUGUCUGAUGGAUGGCUUUCACCCGGGUGUUGUCCAGGUUGAGUGGCUGGGUGAUGGCCGCACCAUCUCUACUGGUGUGGAGACCACCAAGCCUGUCAAACAAGGUGACAAGUAUAUCGCCAGCAGUUACCUGACUCUCAAUCGUUCUGAAUGGGAAGCCAAUGAGAGUUACACCUGCAAGGUGACCCAUGAAAGCAAGACCAUUGAGAAGGUGGUCAGCCGGUCGGCAUGUUCUUAAAUGGUGGAUUACUCAGUGGUGGCCCUUAGAUCUCCAUCUCCUAUGAAGAAUUUCUUCCUCCAUUGGACCAAGUUAUUCUCUAAUUCCUACCUAAUUCUAGCUUCAUUGAUAAAGGCUGGUCUUAGUCCACCAUAGUUCUAUACCCCACACCUUCCCCUUGCUUGUACUCCUUGGAACCACCUUUGUA